GAAAAAAGAAUGAUUUAAUAGCCAAAAUAUUCUCUCGAUGGAUUUGUGUUUUUUUUUUUUUUAUUUAUCACUUUACAUCAUUUUAUUUAUCACAAUUGAUCGUUUAACCUAAAAAGAAAGAGAUCUUAUUCGUUUAUCUUCGAAAUUGACGCAUCUAAAGUUAAGUUGUUUCCGAGCUACGCAAUCUCGAGAGAAACUUCGAUACCUGACUAAUUAUCACGGAUCUUCACGCGUAUCUUCUACUAUGUAUACAAAUGUUUCGUUCGUGGAGUUCGAUUGAUUGGAAAACCUUUUUCUUCAUUUCUAAACUUCUUCUUUUUCUUUUUCUUUCACCAGAAUCUCGAAUUCGAGAGGAAGUAGAGAAAAAGAAGAAAGUGAAAAGCUUUUGAAGGAAGAAAAUCAAGGUAGUUUGAGACUUGACAAGAUUGAAGCUAACCAAACUUUUAUAAAGGAAACAUGAUACUGAGAUUUUAAUCAUAACAAGCGAUCAGAUUUUUAAUCUUCGUUAACUUGUUUCGUUACAUAUUUAAAAAAAAAAUUUUUUUUGGGUUUAUUAUUAAUUUUAGAAAUUUUUUAAAAAUCUUUUUAAAAAUUGGGAUAAAGGAAGGAUGGAAGGAUUUGAACAUAAAUUUCUACCAAUUUCAAACCACUCGAUUUUCCUUCGAGAUUUCGGAAUUUUUUAUACUGAAUACUUUACAAAAAGCGAGGGAUCAGAAGAAAUGAAAGUAGAGGGAAGAAGUGAAAGAAAGAAUGAUUAAUUUUUUUUGAAGAAAAAUUCAAUUUUGUUUCAAUAGAAGUAGAGUGUACCAAUCUUAAAAGAUCUUUUUUUGGUUAAAAAAAAUUUUAGGAUCUUAGGAAUUAUUCGAAAAAUUCUUUCUAAACAAAAAUUCAUUGAAGAAAAAAAAAAACAAUAAAUAUUCUUCUUAGGAAACGUAGACGUUUCGUCCAGACUCGUCGAGUGAGCACGGUACGCUGAAAUAGGUAUACGGUGGUGCGGCUCGAUGCUGAUCGCGGAGCUUGACCUGGAGAGGGAAGCACGAGAAGGGAGUAGAAUCAGUAUUUGGAGGGGACUGGCGUUGUCGUUAGUGCCGUAAGACGGCACUCAAGAACCUAGGACUACUUCAAAUGACUAAAGAUCGACGAGCAAACCAAAGUAUCGAAUUUUGUUUAACAUUUUUAUUAUUUAUUUUCAAUUUAUAGGAAAAAAUAUUUUUUAAUUUAAUAUAUAUAUCUAAUAACAUGAAAAAAACAAAGAAAUAAAACAUUCGCUUGUCGAUUUCUUAAUUAUUGUUAUUAUUAACUAUAUGUUUUAACCUACAAUAUAGCUAAAUUUUUUUUCGUUUAUGGACGUUCAUCGGAGCAGAAAAAAAAAUAAUAUUCGUAUAAAAGAUUACCCAGCUUGAGAAAAGAUUUACAUUUUGAAUCAUCGAGGUGCAAUUAAGAAGACAGUCUAGACUUCGUACGGCCUCACGCUUGGCGAAUACUUUAAAUGGACGUUUCUAAAAAUACUGGCAUGCUCCGAGUGCUAGCCUCGUCGUCUGAAAUUUAGUAUCAUUAUGUGGUCUCUUCGAGGCGGAACAAUCUCACGGAAUUGUCACGAAUGAAAUGACAAUCCGACGUCGCGUUAAUUCUCCACGAUAAAUUAUGAAACAGGUGCAACAGGAUAUCUUUCGCCUGCGUAUGUAUAACAUUAUAACACUGAUUGUUAUUGAGAUUUAAAUUCUUCAUCGGAUCAAUGAAUUUUUGAUAAAGAGAUAUUUAUGCAAGUAACAUUUCGUUUGCGACACGACGAUUACUUAGCAUCACAGAUAGAAGAGGAGGAGAACAGCGAGGAAAGAGUGAAAGACGGAGAGAGGCUCAGCUUUGUGGUUUGUUGUCUAACUAAUUCAAGGGAAACGAACUGCCUCAGGUCGCAAUCGAUAAUUCUCGCUUGAAUCGUUUAAUCACGCUUUAUCAUUUGUCGUUUUGAUAUCGUUAAUUGUUAUCUCUCCGACACGAUUAUUCUGUUUAAUUAAUUAAGUUAAAAGAAAAGCAUCUUUGUCAACUCGAUAUACGUGUCGGUGAUGCUCGCCAAACUCGUUUAAAUAUCGAUGGUGUUGUUAGUUUUCUUUUAAUUAUCUCUACCAACGUUCGCCUCGAAUGGCCUAAAAUUCUCGGCUUGGCUGGAAACGGUCCAUUUACGCGCACGUAUUUGAUUGCAGGCUAUUCGAGAGGGGAAGCGUUCAGCCGGCGAGAAACAAGAAGUAACGGGGAGCAUAGAAGUGGCGAGGAGGGAAAGUAGGACGAGCAACGUCUUCUCCUCGAGUAGCCUCGACUAUUCUUUUUCUUUCCAAGAGCGUAAUUGCCGGUUUUCGAAUGCACGAAAUAAAAUUUUACUAAUAUUCUCUUCUCCGAUACCGAGCCUAUCGCUGCCAGCUCGUCGUUAAUCGUCCAUUCACCUCCGCCCCUCAUCACCUCCACCGUUUUUAAAGGUCCUAUAGAUUCAUCGCUCGAUUGCUCUUUUUAUCUUUUUUACAUCCCUAUAUUUAUAAUCUCAACUUCGACGUAACAUUUAUUUAUAAAACGUACUUCUAAAAAUCCUUUAGAAAUAUUUCUCUUUCAAUUGCUCUUUUAUCCUUUCUUUGAUCAAAUCUAAAUCAAAUCAAUCAAUCAAUCAAUUCAUUUAUGAAUAAUAACAAAUUUUUACAAUUUUCUAGUGAUCCAAACAUUUAUACCGAAGACAAACAGAGAAGAAGAAGAAAGAAAGAAUACGUGUAAUUUAUAAAUAUAACCGAACGAGAUAAUUUCUUCGGUUCAGCAGCGACAACACAGAAAUUCUCCAAUUUAUAUUCCGACAUGGCCCUGUGCUUGCUCGACACAUCACUGACCGAGGGGGUUGACUAGUCUGGUGGGGAUAGAGCAGCUGGGGUGGCUGGAGCUCGAAUGCGAGCCCGCGGUACCUACACGCCGGGUUCUGGGUUUGGCCGGGUCGCGCGGCGGGUCCUGCGCAACCAAAGAGACACACUCGGACAAAGAGAGAAAAGCACAGAGAGAGAGAGAGAGAGAGAGAGAGAGAGAGAGAGCAAGCGUGACAGAAAAAGAGCGUGGAAAGCAGAACGGCGAAGGCGAGGCGAGUAAAAGCGAGCUAGUUUGGCGAGCAAGCAUCUAGACAGUCGAGCAAAUCUUCAAGCGGGCAAACCAGACUGGCAGACAGGUAGGCAAGCAGGCAGGCAAGAGCGAGAGCACAACUACCGGGCUUCAGAGCCACCCCUAGUCGCCUGCCCGCCACCCAAAUCGCUCCCCCCACCUUGGAUCCACCGCUUGGUACACCCCUCCUCGACGUUGCUUCUUCGCACUACUCCUACUCUUUCUCCGGUGCUUUCAGCCGCCUCGUUCGUACGGUCGUUCGUCGGCCGUUUCGCUCUCCUCUCCUCGUCGGUGCCCUCGUCAUUCAUCGUGUUCAGAGAGUGAACCAAUAAUAUAUCUUGGGUCUUUAGUUUCGGUCUUGUUUUUUUUUUCAUUCGACGGAUCGUGUGUGGUUGCUGUUGCUUCUUGUGCGAAAGGAUAUCGUUAUUUUUUGGAAGCAUAGCGUGGCAGCUUGCAAUCUCUCUGCCAGCAACGCACUGACCUGCCUCUCGUCGCGGCAUUCUUUCUCCUUGUUUCUCCUCCGAACCGUUUUCUCGCGAACGAACGAAGGCCGAUUCGGUGGGAAAGUAGAGGGGGCUCGUAUAUACAACGCGAGAAAUCCGAGAACCCUGGCCUCCUCCGUGGACGUUUAUCGAAUUGAUUCGACGGUUGGUCAACUUUGAAGAAGAAAAAAUUCGAGAGGAGUCGUUUGUAUUGUGUUUUGGAAAGGAAGAUGCACAGAUGGAAUUUUUGGAAGUGAAGGAAAGUGAGGAAGAAUCUCUGCGUGGACAAGUGAUGGCGAGAUGAGGAGGCGCGACGUCGCAAUAGAAGGGAAGACGCGGCUGUGAAGCCCGGAUAAGCGUGCACGUUGUGUGUCGAGGGACGUUCACACGCGCGACUCCAUCGGUUGCCAAGCCGAUUCUCCUCGCACCAGGCGACGAGAACUUCGUACCUAAGCCUGUCGUUCAACGUGGCUGAUCCUUGGACAUGUCUUCACGAUCCGUCUACAUGAGUGGAGCUGUGUCUUUGUGUCGUCGCAAUCACAAGGAAAGACGAGCACCAUUACACCGACAUAGAGGACGGCCAGGGAGCAGAAGUGUAGGAGGAAGAAGAGAAGGAGGAGGAAAAGAAGUCGUAGAUUAAUCGGGGACGCCUAACAAUCGCGUGCUAUUCUUCGUUCACGUGCUGUACCCUAGCUCGACUCCCUUUUCCGCACGAGAGGACGAGGUCUCUGAAUUCGACGAGGUACCUGGGCAAAACAGCGGGGAGACGAGUGGAAAAAUAGAGAAUAGAGACAAAAAGGGAUGAAAAAAAAGAAAAGAAAAAGGACUAGAAGGAAGAGAUAUAUAAUGGAGACUCCUAGUUCGUGGAUCGAAGAAUGGCGCCACAUGUACUACGCGUGUUCACGCUAACGCUCUUGCAAAAAGCUAAACGUCAAGCUUAACUAUACAGUGCAUCGUGGCGCGGUGAUAUAUGGCGUGUGUAUGGAACCAGGAUACGGACCGAUGAAGCAAGAUUACCAACGACAGAUAAGAUCCUGAUGAUGCUAGGUACGAUCGAGAUAUGUUUACGCGGACUAGUAGUAUAAAUUGAGGGGAAACAAAGGAUUGAAAAGAGGAUUGAAACUUGCUAACCCCGGAAAUCGUUGGUGAUGAAUGUACCGGCACAUAAAUUUUAGGAUUCAUCGUUCCAUCCAUGUGAUUCAGAUUUCGUUUAGAUGCUUCGAUUACGGAUACGGUGUCUGUUGAUAAAAGCGAUGGUGAAGCGAUAUUUUUUGUCUCAAGAUUAUAGAAAUGCUGGAGGAAUUUGAACGAAAAUUAUCAAGACAAAUUUCCUAACCUAUUAAUUAUCAAAUGUAUACUAGUGAUUCGAUGUUAAACUGUGAAAAUGUAAUUGAAACCGAUUCAGGACAACCGCAAAGAGGCGAGUUUGGAAUUCUUGGAAUUUUAAAAUCUCAAUGAGCUUGGGUAUUUUUCAAUUUCGACGAUGUAACUCAAUAUUGGAUGUCGAAUAUUGGAUUAUCGGAAGAUCCACGAUCCAUGACGAAACUUCGACAACGAGAUUAAUAAGUGAGGAUCAAAUUCUGUAAGGUUCAAUUUCUGGCUUGACCUUUAGGCGAAAAUUGGAUUUUCCGGCUUCCUUGUUUCUCGGUUGCGUUGGUUUUUUUUUUUUUUAUCACGUUAUAUCGUUUCGUUAUCAGGAAAGCAAGGAAAAAGCCUGUGAUAUUUUGAAGAAAUGAGAAUGGAAAUAUACAAUGGAAAAUACGAUGUUGCAGUUGGAUCGCGUGUCUGUGAUAUGAAGCAACACGUUGUGGUCAGAAAUCGAGGGGUAAGCUUCGGAAAAGGAACAUUUAUCAGCGCCAUGCUAUAUUUGGGUCUUGAAUAAAUUGACUUUUUGCACACGUCGGAGCGGAACCAAUGGAAAGAAAUUACCAACCAGAUAAAAUCCUGAUGAUGUCAGGUCGCGCCAACCACGGUUUACUUACUCAGCUCUUGCCAGAGGAAAGGCAAGAUGGCUGUGUUUGAUUUACCAAGAUUGCCUGCACGUCCGCUCGAUCAAUCGAUCAAAGAAUUGAUGACAAAUGAGCAGAAUAGUAAAUAAAGGAAAUUUAUUUCAAGCGUGAAAAUUGAAUUUAACGAGCAGUUUGUUGUAAUUGUAGUUAGGAUGGUGCAAGAUUGCCAAGAUUAAUUAAGAAGCUAAAAGACUUGAGCUACGAAGUGAUGAAAGGAAUGAGAAAGAGAUAGGUUAGGUGGCGUUGAAGAAUGAUUUCCAAAUAUUAAUUUGAAAAUAUAAUGCUAUUCUAUUAAAUUUAUAAUAAUUUGAUAAAGAUCAGGUUUUCAGUUUGAAUAAAGUUCAUGAAACUUUAUGUCAGAUGAUCCAGUUUAUAUCUCGCCAUGAUAAACGAUCGAUAUAUUGGUUUAUCGACAUAUAAUGAGAUAAGGAUAUAGUAAAUGGCGCAAAAGAAGCAUUGAAAUUUUGAUCGCUCUCCGAUAUUGUUCGCAGAGCUAGGAUGAAAAUUUUAUCUCGUUCCGCCUGCUGGCAGCGUUUUAUUUAUUUAAUGACCCGGCCAUAGGAUGUAAUUAAAUAGCUCGCUUUUACUGCACAAAACGACUGGGCUUUCGGGCAAAUAUUAAUCAACCGUAGAGAGAAGGGAUAUUCCGUUUCGUUAACGACUAAUGCACAAUUGAAAAGCGACCUCACUCGAAUAUAAUAUUACAAAAUACACCGUUGCCACGUUUUAUUUAUAAUCGGGCACUACAUGCAUCGGGCAAGGUUUGCACAGUCCAAAAAGUUUGAUUUUUGGCAACGACAAGCCCCCGCCAUCGCAUACAACACUUAUUUCCUUCUCUUUUCAGUACUUCCUGGCACUUUUCCCUGCCAACUUCGUUCAACCACAUAUGUGCAGUCUUCCUAUUCUACGUAUACGUAGAAACAUUGCAUCUAUCUAACACCCGAGAGAUAUAUAGUUGGAUCCUGCAAACAGAAGUCUAUAGAUACUGCUUCCUUGCUAUAAAAAAAGUCUCGCUCAUUUAGCUUUCAUUUCCUGAGUUCUGAAAACCAUUUCAUUUUAAAACGGAUAUCUUUUAUAUUAUGGAUAUCUUUUAUAUUCGACAUAUAUUUAAUCAUUGAAUAAUUUUUCAUCUCAAUUCAUACGUUCGCUGCAAUUUGAACAUUCAAUGAUCUCAAUCGAAGAAAUUUAUCAGGUAUUAAUAUUUUUUUUUUCUUUUUUAUAUAACGUAACGUCAUGUAACAACCAAAUACAUUAAUCAUUCCUCAUAUUUUUCUUAGAUGCUCCGUCUUGCUCCGACUACGAGGCCCGAAUAGCACCGUAAUACAUCUUGAACAUCUUCCAUCUUCCGCGCAACAAUUUCCGCCUUAUUUAUUACCAGUAAUUUUUAAUAUCGCGUUAUUGCUGUGCACUACCUAUGAAUGUAGGAGAGUUUCGCUACGAAAUUUCUCACGUGGAAACCGACUUACCCAAUCUCUCUCUCUCUCUCUCUCUCUCUCUCUCUCUCUCUCUCUCUCUCUUUCUCUGUCUGUCUAUCUCUAUGGUAUCACUUAUUCCUAGGAAUUUUCAUUUUUUUGGCACUCUUCCCUGGUUGAACCAAAUCCGUCUAUUCAUUGGAUAGAAGACUGUAACAAGUGACACGGGCUUCGGAUAAAGUGGCAAAAACGGAAAUGGACAUUGUUGAAUUUUCGAAUUGAAUGGUGGCCGAUUUCGAUCGAUCGAUCGGUAUCGGUUUCAUGCUGAAUGGAGGGGAACUGGUGGUAGAUUUUCGAGUCGCGAAUCGACUGACCAGAAGGGUGAAAUGAAUGAAAGCGGUCACGAGGCUCUUCAGUCUCGAUAUCGGGGCCAGUGUAGCGGCGGCGAAGGCAUCGAUUUUCGAGGCGUGCAUACCAAUAUCGAGGGAUAUAGAAAGAAGAAGUGGCUCGGUGGCGCGGCAGCCACCGUGAGAGGCUAUAAUUAAGCAACAGGUUGUAGCUUCUUCGCGGAAAUUUAUGAGCGACGCCCGAUGCGGGACGAUCCACCGUUUUGAAUUGAAUUUUAACAUGCCUCUGUUCGGCCCUGUCUUCGAGCCCCACACGCUUUUUGCGAACCGGCAUUCCCAUCGAUCGGCCACCGCUCGGGGGGGAAACGGCAAUUGAUUGUAAAAAAAAAAGGCCGCCGCGUGAUCAAUAACGCGGAAAGAGGCGCCGCUUGCCAACCGGCGGUGAAGGUGAAUCUAGAACCGUUCCGCCCGUCCUGCCCCUAUUUCGGCCAAGAUUAAAGGGUAACCGAGAUGGCAAAUGUUAAUGGAACGGAAUAGGAAGUUCGUUCACCACUCUUCCCUGAAGAAUUUUCAAUGUGCAACCGGCCAGGAUAGAGAAGCUAACGAGCUUUUAUCGGGCGUAGCAUGCCAAGAAUAAUGGUAAACGAUUUUGUUGAAACGAAAGAUAAUACUAAUUUUUUUUUUUCUUUUCUUUUUUCUUCUACAAUACGAUUUUAAUUUUAUAGAUCUCUCCUCGAUAAAUUAUAUUGCAAAAAAAAAGAAAAAAAAAAAAGAAGAUUCAUUCAAAAGAUUCAAGAUUCGAAGAGGAGAGUAGGAAAUAAAUUCUUCUGCGGCAUCACGGCCUUCCUCCCAGGGAAAGAAUUCAGCUGGGUGAGGGGGCAUGUUGAUGUGCCGGCGGUUGCUGCUGAUCGCAGCCGCGAUCACGGCCUCGAUCGAGGCUGGCUCCGCUAGUUACCAUCCAGGAAUCUCGUCAGACUAUUCUGGAUAUCCCGGCUUCCCGAUCUAUCCAGGCCUGACGUCGGCCGAAUCCUCGUCGGGCGCCACAGCUACAACACCGACAUCGAGUCUGGAAAAUGUUUGCAGGCCAUCCGAGUACCUAUGCGGGACCGGAAACUGCGUCGCCCAGGACAAAUACUGCGACGGCGAAGAUGAUUGCGGCGACAACACCGACGAGCCGAAAUAUUGCACCCCGUGCAACAGAACAUUGUACGGAGACGUCGGUCGGACCUACAGAGUGGAAGUCCGCCGGCCGAGGGAGGAUCGACUGCCGUUCUUGUGUCAUCUCAACUUCACUGCCGCCGGCUCCGAUCUGGGAGACCUAGUUCAGUUAACAUUCGACACGUUCACUGUGGGUCGAUUUUUAUCCUUCACGUCCGAAGGAUGCCCGGAUGGUUACAUGAGCAUACGGGAGAGGGGUCGUCCAGCGACUGGAGGUCAAUGGUGCGGAAGCGCGUGGGGUUACACCGUGUAUUACAGCGAAACACCUUCCAUCAACUUAACUUUGUAUUUGCUCCGUCUAGCCGAGCAGGGUAGCGGUUAUAAUUUCGACUUCAAGUUGUCGUACAAGUUUCUGAGACGGAGCGAGGCCCACCUCAGGUACGGGAACAGCAGCAUGUCCACGUGGCGGGGGGAGCUAGUGAACGGGACGUAUUGCGAUCGUGUUCUCACCAAGUGCGACACGCGAGCCUGUCGACUUCAAUCGCCGAAUUACCCGGGUGUUUACCCGAGAAACGUCACUUGCUAUUACCGUGUGGAGCAAAAUCGUGCACCACCAGGUCAUCGGGCGUUGCUCGCAGUGAGUCAGCGGAAUAGCCACAAGAUACACAUCAAAGACCAGGUCGUCAAGUACGAUGGUAGCCAAAGGAUAUUAAGAGUUUGGGAUCAAUGCAACGUUGUGCAAGAUUACUUGACGGUUUACGACGGCGGCUCAACCUCCGAUAAGGUGCUUGUACGACUUUGUGGAGGUGACGCGGUGCCAGAUAUAGUGAGCAGUCACAACACGAUGCUUCUCGAGUUUCACACGUCACCCUACGACAAUCCCUUUCAUCCCGUUCCUUUGUCGUUUUUGCCCGGUUUCGAGCUCGAGGUUCAGGUGUUGUUCGUGGACGAGAAAUCCCGUAGCUUCGUCAAGGAGAACAACAAUUGUGAUUUUUAUAUAUCGAGCGACGAAAGUUCAUCGGGCAUCUUGGAAAACCCGAAACAUUCCCUGCCUCCGAACACAACUUGUCGAUAUCAUUUCCAAGGGAAACCGAACGAGAUCGUUUGGUUGUCUUUCGUCAAGUAUUAUGCUGCCAGUGCCGACGCCGCCGCGAGUAUCGACGUUGCCUCCGACUGCAAUGCGAAACUUUUCAUUUGGGACGGCGAUCGCACGCUAGAUAAAUUAAUUCCUAUACGUAAGAAUAUUACCCUGAUGGGCCAGUUCUGCAAAGACGACACACCACGUCUCUGCGACCACAGCUUGUUGCGGAACGGAAGUCGUCACGCGAGGCCUUGCAGCCUCGCGGAGAGUUACGUUUCCAGCGGCAGAGACCUCACCCUGGAGCACAUACUGCGUCAAGGAAGUGCACUUUAUCCGAUAAGCUUUGUACUGCGAUACGAGUUCGUGCACGAGGCGGUUUCUUGUAACCACGUGUUCGGCUCCUCGUCAACCUCAUCCACGUCUUCCACGUCCUCCUUAUCCUCUUCGUCCUCCUCCACUCUGCUCUCACCCCCUGCCAAAGCAGGGAAAUUCGCGUCGCCGAAAAGUGUAUUCUUUUAUGGCCGUGGCGGUGCACAGAACGUUAGCUGUGUAUAUCGUUUCGAGGCCGAGCCGGAUCACAGGAUAGAACUGUCGAUAAGUAGGGCCUCGUUUGGAGAUAAAGGAUGUUCCUCGUACGUGGAUCCGUUGGUCAAUAGAUGGACUUGCGAUCGACGCAUAGGGGAUUCCACGAGGCUCGGCGUCGCGGAGUUGAUCGUUGCCGAGUAUCCUUGGCAGGGAGUGGAAUUGAUUCGAGAUUGCCUGUGUUCGAACGUGAGCGACAGGAUCGUCCUGAGAACGUUGACAUCAAAUGUGGUCGAGGUCCGAUUCACGGUUUCCUUGAUGAACGUCACGCAGGAUUACAGGGAUUUUUACUUCGAGGGAGAAUAUCGUUUCGUUGCGCUGGGGGCGGAGACGAGUGAGCAAGGUUGCUCGACGAAGCUCGAGGAGCGACGGUUACGAGGGACCAGUGGUGAAAUUUCCCUCAGAAGUCCGUUACCGCGAGUAAUUCCCGGUGUUGCCGCCGUGGAAGAAAUUCUAACCAACACGGAAGAUCUGACCGCGACCCAAUGUGUGAACGAACCUUGGUUAAUAGAACCGGAGGACGCGCGAAUUAAUUAUUUGUAUUUAAGAACAGCUGGGUACGGUAUCACAUUGGAUAACGUCGAGGAAUGCACGACAUUGAAUAGAAUUGUUGUUUAUUCGGCGGCCAACACGAAGGAUCGUAGUGUAAUUUGUCCCGAGGUAGGUGUCGACACUGCAAGAACGGUGGAUUUUUUCUCUGGUGGUUGGAACUAUAGCGCCAUUAACGCUACUGUCGCCAUGACGCAACACUCGAGGAGCUUCGUCGUCGAAUUCCUUCAAAGAGAGCCUGGAUUUUAUGCCGUCACUUGGAUGGCUAUUUCUAAAAGAUCUCCGAGUUCUAGCAUUGGGCCUAAUGUCUUCACGAUACUGCCUCACGAGGAUUGUCCUUAUCGGUGCCCCGAAAUUCAGGCGUGUAUAAGUUCUGUUUUAUGGUGCGAUGGGAUCCGUCAUUGUCCUUCCGGUUUCGACGAGGAAGAAACCAAUUGUUCGUACCGUUUCGGUGUAACAUUACUCUACGUGGCCGUAGGAGCUGGUGCUUUAGGUAUAUUUCUGAUCCUGUUGCUUGCUACUGGUUGCCUCAAGUACUGCCUCUAUCGACAUAAAGCUCGAAAGAAAAAAAAGAAUGUCGUUUUGAACGUGAACCAUCUCCAUGUGAAUCACACUCAUCAUAAUAAUGGUUUAACUGGAAGUCGUUUAAGCGGACGAUAUAAUCUUGCCACGCCACAAGAAAUGUAUUUGGAAAAUUAUGGGAAGGACAGUAUUUGUUGACAAUACGCCAUUGCUAAUAUCGAGACCACCGUGUGAAUAUUACAGGAUUUUUAAAAUAUGCCUACCUCGCUGGCCUCUGAUCCCCCUCCCCUCCCGCGGAAAAUAUGGAAGCAAACGACGAAAUAAUUGAUCGAAUAUUUCCCCAUUGGAUAGCGCAUACGCGCGAGAAAAACAUAUACGCAAUAAUCGUACUAAAUUUUCGUAGACCAAUUUGAAGGCAUUUAACAAAAGAAAUGGAUUCUGAGUUGUAUCGAAGUUUCGAGCACGAUCUACGCUUUGUCUUAAAUAUUUAAUUUUAGACGAGAGGAAGAAACGUCACUUUUGAUAACGUCUUUUAGAUUUUAAAUUCAAGUUAAAUUGGAAUACUAAGAGGUUUCGAAUUUCACAGCAUAUUAACUAAUAGACAAAGAAUGGAUCGAAUCGAUGAAAAAUUCGUGCUGCUCGAAUAAAUCGUGUAUAUGAUUUCCAUGGAAAAACCGUGGUAUCACAGUAGCACUAGGAACACACGUUUAGGUUAAAGUAAUGCGUGAUUAUGAAAAAAAGAGAGAGAGAGAGAGAAAGAGAGAGAGAGAGAAAGAGAGAAAUGAAAAAGAACAUACAGAGCAUGAAAGAUUAUACUACGAAGAAAAAAUGAGCAUGGCUGAUACGUACGAAUAUAUGCUUUUAAAACGAAGUAGGAAUCUGUAAUUUGCAUCGAGAAAAAAAGAGAAUUUUUAUCACAGUCGGUUGCUGGGAAACGAGUGUCACAAACGUCCACGACGAGAAACGACGCAGAACUGAAUUGGCGGGAAAAAGAGGGAACUGAAAAUAGUGGCCAGUAUAAAAUCCGAUUGAAUGAAUCCUAUACAUAUAAAUCGCAUGUGAACAUCGGGGGAAAACGAAACGGAACUACUGUGAUUUAUUGAAAAAGAAAUUUAAAAAAAACAAAAAACUUUAUGAUCAUACUUUAUGAGAACUGUACAAAAAAAAAAGCUAAAAAAAAAAAAAAAUAGAAAAAAAAAAGAAACAGAUUAUUUCGAUCGAUAUUUCUCACUUUUAAAAUCAAUUUUAUUCUAUAAUUUUAUAAAUUGUCGCGUUUGAAUGACGAUAUUCAUAUGCAAUUUAUUCUAAGGAAUUACACGACCAAGAUCAAUCAUAUGCGUUAUCAUCGACCCCAGUUCCAUCUUAUCAAAUCGAUGUAAUCUGCGUCGAUCCGUCGAAAAAUCCAACGUUUUUUGUAAAAAAAAAAAAAAAAAAGAAAACACGCAACCAUCACGACCAUUAACGCGAGAGCAUAGCGACGCCUUCUAUAACUGCCAUUUUAGGACCUAGUUCGAGAUUAAAUAAAUAUCUCGACAGACACUACUACAAAUAAUCCGGUUGUCAAUGUUCUAAUUCUAUGCUCCUGCGUUAAUCGCGAUCCUAACCUAUCCAAAUUUCAUAAGUACGUUACAAAGAUGAUAUAACAUAUAGUUAAAUGACACAUGUAACCUAGGUUUGAUAUCAAUGCGCGAGGCUUGAAUGGGACGUAGAGUUUGAUGUAUAGUUGAUUAUCGUUUAAACGAAUGUGAAGGCGAGAGAAGUGAACAACAUGAGAUUGACAACGCAUACAUUGUAACCUUAUUACGAAAGUGUUAACUACUUAAAAAGAAAAACAUCAUUUCACGUAUGCACACACCGACACAUGUACGAAAGGAAUGACAUUACUUAAAUACAUACUACAUACACACACGUAUGGUAAAAGCGCGUAACUUACGUCUGUAUGCUGUGAUAGAAGUAAGCGUAUCAACAAUCGGAAAUAAAUUUCUCGCGUGAAUUUGAUCUGGAUUUUUAUCAUGAGUUAAAACAGUACCCGUUCCUCUUCUCCUAUCAAUCCUGUAAUUUUAUGUUGUACCAGAAUGACUCGAUAAGGCUGCGACAAGAUGACCAUGUGCUAAAUCCCAAACUAAAACACGAUGAUCUGCACCGGCCGACGCCAGAAAUCGACCUUCUGCGGAAAAAGCAAGGGAGUAAAUCG